AGAAAUAGAUGUCUGCUGUCAAUAAUGUAUAGAGCAGUGUUACAGAAAUCUCUCACCGUGUCUGGUGUUAGGGAGUGUCUUCACAUUUCCCGUGUUACAUCAGACCGGGUCUGGAUCAGUGAUUUUGAUGGCAAUCUUAUACUGACAAACACACGAGGUGAAGAACUAGAUCAUCUGACAGAUAUAGGUAGAGUUUUGGGAGGACACAGUGUGAAUUCUUACGGUGAUCUAAUUUAUAUAGACAGGAAUUAUAACAUCAAUAAACUGUCUACAGAGAACAAAGAAAAGACUACAAUAAUAAAGUACAACAACACAGCACCAUGGGGACCAGAGUGUGUCUACAGCUCCCCAUCCACUGGACACCUGCUGGUCGCGAUGACUUACUGCACUAAUAAUAAAUUUACAGGCAAGGUAGUGCGGUAUAACUCCACAAGAGAAAACAUCCAGACCAUACAGCACCACAACAUCACAGGUCAGGGACUGUAUAGUAGUCCUGACUACAUCACAGAGAACCGCAAUGGAGAUGUUAUUGUGUCUGACUCUAUCCGUGGUGCUGUAGUGGUGACAGAUCGUGACGGUAAUUACCGAUUCUCCUACAGACGUCCUCAAUCAGGAUCAGGACUAGCACCACAAGGAAUCUGUACUGACGCACUGUCACACAUCCUGGUGUGUGAUUGGGACACCCAGUCAGUACAGAUGUUAGACUGUGAUGGUCACUAUCUGACAGAGAUAAAGACAUCACAACACGGGAUAAACACACCAUACGGCCUGAGUUAUGAUGAGGACACACACCUACUGUGGGUAGGGGAUUACAGACACAACACAGUCAACAUAUACAGUGUGGUACAUACAGACUCUCUGACUGGUCUCCCUGUGGAGGAUUUCAAAUGCAGGAAACAUCCAAGCCGUCCGUUAUCCCAGUUCUGUAUCCCGUGUGACGUCACCUUGUGUAUAAUGUGCAUCUUGACAUCUGGUGAACAUAAAAAACAUGAUGUUAGAAAUGUUGAGAAAUUAUUCAGAGAAAUUCACAAGGAAAAAGGUUUGUAAUUAUACAGAAUGUGUUUUAUUUGAAACAUCUAGACCAAAAUAAUCAACCGUGUCCUUCAUUUUUAGCUCACCUGUGCUGAAAGCUCAAGUGAGCUUUUCUGAUCACAUUUUGU